GACGACGAAGAAGAAGACGAAGAAGAACGAUUUGCUCUGUACAGCAGAUAUGUAUCAGGAUGUAUUAUAAGAACUAUAUAAUUUGUUAUAAGUCUAUGAAUUCGUAUAAUACUUUAAUGGGAUUAACUCACACACGAUGAUGUGCUGGUAUCGGUUGGUAAGAAGAAAGAGACGGCUCAGUGCACCUCACUCCAGCUGGUGGCGCUAACGCGCUUGUAAGCGGACCGUUCAGUCUCUCAGGAAGUGUUCAGGACGGACUCGUCUUGCGACGUGCUCGUCUCCUGUUGUGUAGCAGACAUGUCGGGGAGCAGGCUGAUGAGAGCCGUGCGAGUGAGUGAGUUCGGAGCUCCGUCGGUCCUCCGGCUUUGCUCAGAUGUGUCUGUCCCACAGCCUGGACACCGACAGGUGUUGAUCCGCGUCCACGCCUGUGGUGUAAACCCAGUGGAAACGUACAUCCGUGCUGGGACAUACAGCCGUAAACCCACCCUGCCAUAUACACCUGGCACAGAUGUAGCCGGAGUGGUGGAAACUGUUGGAGAGGGAGUCGUUGCAGUCAAGGCUGGAGAUCGUGUCUUCACCACAGCCACAGAGUCUGGAGCUUAUGCAGAGUUCACUGUAGCAGCUGACGACUGUGUCCACAAACUGCCUGAUGCUUUAGAUUUCACACAGGGAGCAGCCAUAGGGAUCCCUUACUUCACAGCCUACAGAGCUCUGAUUCACAAAGCCCAUUCCAAGGCUGGAGAGACUGUCCUCAUCCAUGGAGCCAGUGGAGGGGUGGGCGUGGCAGCAUGCCAGUUGUCCCGUGCUCUAGGUCUCAGGGUGUUGGGAACAGCAGGGACACCUGAGGGAAUGAAGCUAGUCCUCAACAACGGAGCUCACAUGGCCUUUAAUCACAGAGAAGAGGGCUACACAGAUAAAAUCAUGGAAGCCACAGACGACAGAGGCAUAGAUGUGAUAGUGGAGAUGCUGUCAAAUGUCAACCUGAGCAAAGACCUCCAGAUGCUGGCCUACGGAGGACGUGUCACGGUCGUUGGCUCCCGGGGCCCCAUAGAGAUCAACCCCAGAGACACCAUGGCUAAAGAGAGCAGCAUCAUGGGAGUGGCCCUUUUCUUUGCUACACCGGAGGAGAAGAAGGAGUGUUCAGCACUUCUCUACGCAUUGAUGGAAGCUGGUUGGCUGCGUCCAGUCGUCGGUUCUCAAUAUCCGCUCGAAAAGGCUGCCCAAGCCCACCAUGACAUAAUUGAGUCCCCUGGGGCUGCUGGGAAGAUCGUCUUGACCAUGUGAUGCCAUGACCAAAAGGUCAACAAGUAGGGCUCAGGCUGUUUGUAAAAGGGCUAAUACAACAAGCAAUAAAAAAAAUCAACAUUA